AUGAAUGGAUCAAUGCGCAUUAAUCCAGCAGAGAGGAAGGAUGGAAGCGGAGCUCCAGCAGUUCUAGAAGUGCAGCUCACCAAGGAUUUGAUUUGCUUUUAUGAUUCCACGAUAGAUGUCAGGAACGCUUCAGAGUGUCAGGAAAAAGUACGGUUAUUUGAAGAAUUGGAUGUGUGCUCCUCGAAGUUCAGUUUCUCUAGAGCAGAGUGUGAGGUUAAGAAGCAGGGAUGUCGAAUGCUGUGUGACGUGCUCCUUGAUCAAGCAGUGCUCCCUGGAGUUGGCAACAUUAUCAAAAAUGAAGCCCUGUUUGACAGCGGCCUACAUCCCGCUGUACAGGCUGGUUUACUAACAGAUGGACAGAUUAGCCAUCUUGUGAAGAUGACGCGUGACUUUACUCUUCUAUUUUAUAAGUGUCGAAAGAAUGGAUCAGCUCUUUACAAGCAUUACAAAGUAUACAAAAGAGCUAACUGUGGUCAGUGUGGUACAAAGAUCACAGUAUGUCGCCUGGGAGAAAACAACAGAAUGACCUAUUUUUGCUCAAAGUGCCAAAAGGAUAAACCUCAGCACCUUGAUGUGAGUAAACUUCCCAAACGAAACAGUCUUAUUGGAUGGGCAUGUAGACAAGAAUCACAAGACCAAGUGGCCAGGAGAGAUGAAGAACAUUGGGCAUGCCAAAUCUGCACACUCAUAAACAAGCCUUCAGAUGAGAAAUGUGAUGCGUGUCUAUCUCCUAAACCAAAAGUUUUAGGCACUGCAAAUAACGAAAGUGUUAGAUGUGACACAGACUUGAUUAAGUUUCCAUGUAAUAAUUUUGGAAAAUCUUUGUCUGAAAUGAAGAUAAACAGAAAAACUGCUUUUGGUCAUACAACAUUGGUCCUAAGUGAUUUUACUACCAAAACUAAUGAUUAUGAACAAAAUCAUAAGUGGAUCCCUUCUUCAGAGAUAUCUGUCAGUUCUUCUUGCAGCAACACACUAAAUGUCUCAAAUAAGAGAAGAAGCAUUGAAACUGAACAGCAGAUAAUGAAUAGCAGUUCAGAUGCUGGAGUUUCACAUUCAUUUGUCCCGCAUCAGAAGAGACAGAAGACUGAUAAAAUGACACAAAAAUUUCCAAAAUGA